UCUACCGGAGCCCGUGGCUGUCUCGCGGCUCCAGCAGCGUUGGGGACACCUCUGGGGACAUUCCGGGGACACUGAGAGCAGUCACGAGCUUGCUGGAACCCCGUUGCCAUGCCAACAGCCAGAACGCCGCGGCCGCCAUCUUUAAACUGUUGGCGCAGCCCCCAUCUUAACUCCGGGCACAACUUCCGCCCUCUCCACCAAUCAUAACCUCCCGCUUCCCCCACGUGACUCCCGGUGCCGCCGAACCCGGAAGCGCCGCCGCCAUGGAUCCCGCCGCUCCCCCCCCGAAACGGCGCGGGCCCGCUCGGCUGGCCGAUCCGCGGCCGCUGUUCGAGGACACGAGCGCCGGCGGGGCCUCGCCGGGCCGCGGGUUCGGGGCUCCGCCGCCGCCCUCGGCCUCGCCGGGCGCCGCGGGCUCGGCGGCGGCGGGCGCGUUCGGGCAGCCCGCGGCCUUCCUGGCCGAGCCCGUCAGCUCGCUGGCCGCGGCCUACGGGAGCAGCCUGGCCUCGCACGUGGAGGGGAACCUGGGCCGCUGGCUGCCCGUGGGCCGCCUCAAGUACUACUUUGCGGUGGACACGCUGUACGUGGGCAGGAAACUGCGGCUGCUCGUCUUCCCCUUCGGCCACCCGGUACCGGCACUGGGGCACUGGGG